AUGGACUCAGCCAUGAACAACACUAUUCAAAAUAAAGAUGUAAAGAACAAAUCUGCUUUGAGUACAAGAUGGGCUCAAAUGACAAAACAAGAGCAAAUAAUAGAGAAAAAAAAGAUGGAGAUCCAAGCUAAAGUCGAAGCACAAAAACAGGCAGCGGCAUUGGCCGCACAAGCCAAACUAUCAAACCCUUCUACAAAAGAUGAUUCCAAUAAUGCAAACAUAUUUUCCAAUGAUGGGAGUUUCAUGAGUCAAUAUAAAGCUCUUCUUGAGAAACAAAGUCAAGAAAAAAAAGAGAAGGAAGAUAAGGAAAAAGAAAAGAUAGAGAUAGAAAAGCAAGCGAAAGAGAAAAACAAAACAGAAGUAGUCAAGAAACCUGAGAAACAAGAUGAAGACAAUUCAGAUUCAAACACACAAAGAAGACAUUCUGGUGACAGGGGAAGGGAAAAAUAUCGGCGAUGGACCGACAGGGGCCGUAAUCGAGCUCAGAGUCCCAUUACUCCUGUGGUGGUCAGAAGAGAAUCUGUUGACAAUAUAAAUAGCAACUCUAUACCAUCCCUUAUGCAGUUUCCUGUCAGACAACCCAAAGAUUCUGAGGAACAGGACAACUGGAAGUCUAAAACUGAUGGAGACUCAGAUUCUAACUCCGAACAAGGAAAUAUGUAUACAGGCCCAAAUGGACCAUGCCCAAUGCCUCCUCCAGGUUUUAUGGGACCUAAUAUGAUUUGCCCCGUUUCCAAUAUGGGGUCUGGUCCAAAUAUGGGCCCGGGUCCGAAAAUGAACCAAGUACCAAAUAUGGGUCUAAAUCCGAAAAUGACCUCAGGUCAGAAUAUGGGUCCAGGUCCGAACAUGGGUCCCGGUCAGAAUGUGGGACCGGGUCAGAAUAUAGGGCCAGGUCAGAAUAUGGGACCAGGUCUUAAUAUGGGGCCUGGUCAGCAUAUGGGACCAGGUCCUAAUAUGGGGCCUGGUCAGCAUAUGGGACCAGGUCCUAAUAUGGGACCAGGGUCUAAUAUGGGGCCAGGGCCUAAUAUGGGGCCAGGUCCUAAUAUGGGGCCAGGUCCUAAUAUGGGACCAGGUCCUAAUAUGGGUCCUGGACCAAAUAUGGGCUCGAACCCUAAUAUGGGACCACGUACAAAUAUGGGCCCAAGACCAAUGAGGGGCUCCGGACCGAAUUCAGGCCCACCAAGGCCUAACAUAGGCCCCGGUCCAAUGGGUCCUGGUGGGCCUAUGAUGCCACCAGGUGGUCCAAUGCCUCCGUUUAUGGGAGGUCCUCCUAAUUUUCGUAUGCCUCCAAACUUUAUGGGCCCUAAUGGUCCUAGAGGUCAUUGUGGACCUAUGCCACCCAAUAUGUGUGGGCCAAAUAUGGGACCAGGACCGGGACCAAACGGGCCAAUGCCCCCAUUUUUCGGUCCGCCUUUCCAUAACCCAAUGAUGGGUCCAAACGGACCCAUGCCUCCCAACUCAAUGAAUAACAUGCCCUUCAGAGGUCCUCGACCGCCUUUUGGACCAAACGGACCUCAAAAUUUUGAUAGUGGAAACUGUCCACCACGCAUGCCGUUCAGGCCCCCUAAUUCUGUUACCCCCAAUUCUCACGAAUCGGGAAAGAUCCCCCCACCGCCACUGCCACCCCUACCUCCUCAGAACAGGAAGCCUAAAGAAACAAAUCCCGGCGACGUACCCCCACCACCGUCCAAUGCAACACAAGUUUUCUCUCCAGAUGCGUUCCCGCCAUCGGUGUACCGGGCUGCCAACGAAGUCGCCAGCAACGGCGACCACUGGGAAAAUGUCCUGAAAGCAAUACACUCACAAGACCAAUACUUGUGGAUCCUCCAUAACACAGACUCGAAGGAAUACAAGAUGUUUCGGGAGUUAGUGGAUAAUAUAAGGAAGGGAUUCGAUAAGAAGCCUGUUGUUAAACCCGAAGAUAAGUACGAACCGGAAUUCAGUUUGGAGGACGAUGACAGCGGUGAUAACAGACGUAUCAAAGAGGAAAGCCAAGACAGCAGCUUGGUGGAUUACAAAAAUCGAGAAUACAAGCGCGAAGCGAGCUCGCAAAGCGACGAGGAGCCGGAGGCCAAACGGGAGCGAAGGAGAAAAAAGAAAUCAAGAUGGAGUGACGAACCACCGCCGGCCGACAUUAAACCGCCAGGCGUCAUCGCUCCGAUGCCCCCGAAUAUACUACCUGGUCCGAAGUUGGCAAAGAUCGACGAAGAAGGCGUGAAGUUAACGACCGUGAAUCGGAACAAUCAAGCUUUGAUGCAGUACGCGAUGACUAACUACGGACGUACGAAUUUGAAUCCAGAUGAAUGGAAACAAUGCGAAGAUAAUUUCAAAUUAAAUUUACUGUAUCAGGAUAUGCUAAAGAAACGCCAAGAGGCCGAACGUCUUGCUGCCGCCGGAAAACACAAAUAUGAGUACGACAGCGACGAGGACACAACAGACGGUACCUGGGAACAUAAAUUGCGUGCUAAAGAAAUGUUUGCUACGGAGAAGUGGGCCGAUGAAUUAACACGGCAGGCCGCUGGUAAACAUCACAUUGGAGAUUUCCUGCCUCCGGAGGAAUUGAAAAAAUUCAUGGAAAAAUAUUCAGCUUUGAAAAAUGGUAAAGAGCCAGACCUGAGUGAUUAUAAAGAGUUCAAGCUGAAGGAAGAUAAUGUCGGGUUUAAAAUGCUUCAGAAGCUUGGAUGGAAUGAGGGUCAAGGUCUCGGCGUAGAAGGUUCAGGCAUCGUGGAACCUAUCAACAAGGCGAAACAACCAGUACAGAAUCUAGGACUGGGCGCGUCCACUUCGGAUGUGGUGUCUCCCGACGACGACGAGUUCGACGCGUACAGGAAACGGAUGAUGCUCGCCUACAGAUUCCGACCUAAUCCAUUGAAUAAUCCACGCAGACCAUAUUAUUAAGAACUCUUUGAAAUACUUAUUAUUUGUGCUAUAGAUUAGUCCAUAGACCAUAGAUAGACCAUUAUGUAUUUCUAAAUAUUAUCGAAAACAUUGUUACAUUGAAAGGAAUGCUUACAAAAUAGUGAAAUAAAUAUCCUGAUUUAUAUUAAAAGUGGCUGCGUAAUCACUUGUUCUGUUGUUUCAACAACUCAACGUUUUCAAAUACAUUUAAAUCUAAUUUUAGGGUUUGAUCUGGGUCUGUUUAUUGUUUUGAUUUCAUAAUCACUGAAGUUUCGUUUUUUUGGUCUGCUACCAUGAAAACCGUAAACUAUUCGUAAGAGUAAUUUUAAUUACGACGAUGACUGGCGAAAGCGACUAUUUUAAGUACAUAAUAUGUUUAAAAUUUUGUUUUAAUAUUUUUUUUAAAUAUAUGUUUUAAAAAAAAUGGGUCACUUAAGGAUUGAAGAAAUAUUAAAUCAUAGUCCUAAUUAUUAUUUAGGAUAAGAAAUAUAUUUGUUGUAAUUUUGUUUUGUAAAUGUGAUUUGUAUGUGUAAAGUGCUUGAAAUUAGCCGGUGUAGCGUUACUUUAAAUUUGGGGUAGUUUUAAAUUCGAAACUGGGCUGUAUAUUUUUAUUUUUUAAUAACUUCUGGGGAAAGUUAUUGUAUUAAUACGAGUGUUUGUAAUCAAUAAAAGACAAGGGGCACUAAUGGAACACAAUUUUAAAAAUAAUUGUAUGUCAAUUUAAUUAAAUUAAUUGUACAGUCUACUAUUUUUGUGGACUAUGUCGAUUUGAGUCUAAUUUAGUUAUCUCUCCAUAAAUUGAAAUAUAUAUUUUUUAUUAUUAAAAUGUCUGCUCAUAUUUUGUCAUUCCGAAAUGUAAUCAAAUCGAUGGUUAGUUAGCUACCAUUAACUUAAGUCAGUAAAGACUACAUGUUAAUACUUGCCCUUGCCAAUAGGUACUUAUAAAUUAAAAAUGUUUAAAAUUCGCAAGACACGUUAAAUGGAAUUGUCAUUUUUUGUUCUAAUUGUCGCAAAAGUGAGUGUCCUGAAUUAUAUUCCAAAUCAAAUAAUUGAUUGUAGUCUAUGUUCAGCUGGCUUCUUAUUUUGACCCCGAAUGACGUCACACGUGGUGAAGUUGUGCAGGGCUGGGUUCUAUUAAGUUUACGCAGCAUUUUUGAUGAUCAUUGAUAAUCAUUACAAGAACAGUCCGGUACUAUGUUGACAUUGUUAGUGGCGUAAAUAAAUAAAAAAUGUGGUACGAUUGUUUAGAGCUCAUUAAAAGUUUUGAAGUAAAAUACGAGAUUUUAAGUUUUUUAAUUCUUAAAUAUGUAAUGCGAUCUCCGCGUAUCUAAAUGUAAUAAUUGGGAUUUAUAAUUCGUUUACGAUUGAAUACCGGUAAUUUAAGUAGGUAAUAGCUUCAAUACUUUCGAAAGUUUUAACCUGAAAAUGUUUUUACAAACUUCAGCGUUGUAAACAAUAUUAAGGAUGAUACUUCUUCAUGUUAGUGUAUAUGUUUAUAAUAUAAAAUAAUUUUAUUGUUAGAUUUCAAAUGUAUGUAUACUUUAGUGAAUACAUGA